AAGGACAGAUCGAAGUCAGAGGGUGGGUGGAUAUGCAGGACAGAUGGAAAGGUAGAUGGAAGGCAGGGGUGGGGUGGGAAGAAAUUCUCUUUAAGUCACAACCCCACAAGAGGCAGAGCUGAGACUGUAUACCAGGCCAGCCCACCCCACAGCCCACAGGACCCCAAAGCUGAAAAUAACUUCUUGCUCAUCCUGGCCUUGAGCCAGAUUCAGGCCAUAUAAUCCCUGUCUUGUCUGACCAGGAGAAGAUACUGCCCAUUGUCCUUUGUGUCCCAAACUUGGUGGACAUAAAAGUUCUGGAGAGCCACCCACCCUGCAUCUCUGAGCCACAUAGGACCAGGGUGACUCACAAGGAUGUCAUCUACAAGACCCCCCUGUAGCCCAGCCAUACACAGCUGUGAGCACUGACUACAGCUCGGCUUCUUAUCCAUAGCUGUAAGGCCUGGCCACACUGAGGCUCUCAAAGUCCAGAUAAGUCAGAGGCCCUGGCUCUCUGGCCUCCCACCCACUUUCUACAGGAUGGAUGGGUGUUUCUGAUCCAAUUCAGUAGUCAAGGGACAGGGGCAAGUGUGAUAGAAGUUCCACUGUGGCUAGGUCAAGGUGCUGGGAGCUUGUGGUGAUAGAGACUGGCUGCAUGUGACAGCAAGGGCUGUAGGCUGUAUCAUGCUGCUGCUGAGGGGCCACCAAUGUCACUGUGGUCAUCAGGGUGGCAUAGAUCACAGAGGUGGGAGAAGUCCAGUGGAAGAGAGAGGAUGAAGUGAGCCGCAUGGAGACUAUCAGCCUGGUGUCGCAGCCUCAGGCUGCUCAUGCCCCCCUGGAGAAGCCAGCCAGCACUGCGAUCCUAUGCAGUACCUGUGGGAAUGUGUGCAAGGGUGAGGUGCUGCGUGUGCAGAACAAGUACUUCCACAUCAGGUGCUUUGUGUGCAAAGCAUGUGGCUGUGACCUGGCCGAGGGCGGCUUCUUCGUGCGACAGGGUGAACACAUCUGCACACGUGACUACCAGAGGCUCUAUGGCACUCGCUGCUUCAGCUGUGACCGCUUCAUUGAAGGGGAAGUGGUGUCAGCGCUUGGCAAGACCUACCACCCUGACUGCUUCGUAUGUGCUGUCUGCAGGUUGCCCUUUCCUCCUGGGGACCGUGUGACCUUCAAUGGGAAGGAGUGUAUGUGCCAGAAGUGUUCCCCACCCACAACACUGGGCAGCAGUGCUCACCUGGCCCAGGGCCUCCGGAGUUGUGGGGGCUGUGGCCUAGAAAUCAAGAAUGGCCAGGCCCUGGUGGCUUUGGACAAGCACUGGCACCUGGGCUGCUUCAAGUGCAAGACUUGUGGGAAACUCCUCAAUGCAGAAUACAUCAGCAAGGAUGGGCUACCCUACUGUGAGGCUGACUAUCACACCAAGUUCGGCAUCCGCUGCGAUGGCUGUGAGAAGUAUAUCACAGGCCGAGUGCUUGAGGCCGGGGAGAAGCACUACCACCCUUCGUGUGCGCUAUGCGUCAGGUGCGGCCAGAUGUUCUCAGAGGGCGAGGAGAUGUACCUGCAAGGCUCCUCCAUCUGGCACCCGGCAUGUCGACAAGCAGCCAGGUCUGAAGACAAGAGCAAGGAAACGAGGACUUCCUCGGAGAGCAUUGUCUCUGUGCCUGCCUCCAGCACGUCAGGGUCCCCAAGCCGUGUGAUCUAUGCGAAGCUUGGCGAUGAGAUCCUGGACUACAGGGACUUGGCUGCUCUUCCCAAAAACAAAGCGAUCUAUAACAUUGACCGCCCCGACAUGAUCUCCUAUUCACCCUACAUCAGCCACUCGGCCAUGGGGGACAGGCAGAGCUAUGGCGAGGGGGAUCAGGAUGAUCGGUCCUACAAGCAGUGCCGGACCUCCAGCCCCAGCUCUGCUGGCUCCGUCAGCCUCGGGCACUAUACCCCAACAUCACGAUCACCCCAGCACUACAGUCGACCAGGCAGCGAAAGUGGCCGUAGCACCCCAAGUCUCUCGGUGCUCUCCGACAGCAGGCCUCCUUCCUCCACCUAUCAGCAGGCGCCGCGCCACUUCCACGUCCCAGACACUGGCGUAAAAGAUAACAUCUAUAGGAAACCCCCUAUCUACAAACAGCACGCUGCCAGGCGAUUGGACGUGGAGGACAGCAGUUUUGAUCAAGAUAGCAGAAAGAAGACAACCUGGCUGCUCCUCAAGGGGGAUACAGACACCAGAACGAACUCUCCAGACCUGGACAGCCAAUCUCUGUCCCUCAGCAGCGGCGCCGAGCGAGAACCCCUGCAAAGGAUGCCUGGAGACAGCCUCUACUCACGCUCCCCUUAUUCCAAACCCGACUCUCUCCCAGGACCCAGGAAGGAUGGCCUGGACCUCCGGAAUGCCAACCUGGCACCUUGUGGAGCAGACCCGGAUGCCAGCUGGGGCACGCGAGAGUACAAGAUAUACCCAUAUGACUCCCUCAUCGUAACAAACCGAAUUCGUGUGAAACUGCCCAAAGAUGUGGACCGGACGCGGCUGGAGAGACAUCUGUCACCUGAGGAGUUCCAAGAAGUAUUUGGGAUGAACAUCGAGGAGUUUGACCGCCUGGCCCUGUGGAAGAGGAAUGAUCUCAAGAAGAAAGCCCUGCUGUUCUGAUAGCUGCCAGCAUCUUUCCAGGAGCCUGCUGUGGGGGGCAGAGCUGAGGAUCCCCACUGCCCCCCAAAGCUCCCUCUUGCACCUUGCUCUGCUUCUCUGUGUCAGUGGGGCAGGUGGGGUGCCUAUGGGAGGCAGGGUGGGCCAGGUUCCAAGGAACAUACAGCUGGCAUCAUCCCUUGUGUAGCAAGGAUGCUCCCGCCCGUAGUUUAGGGCCAGGUGCCAGCUUGAUCCACUCCUUCCCGCCACAACUUGGCAUCAGGGCAGUGCUGCAGCCAGCUAUUGUAGGAGAUGGGCCAGAGCAUUCAGCCAGCCCAGCACCUUCCCAGUGCACCUGGUGUGCCCACACCUGUGCUAGGCACUUGGGCCCAGAAGCAUCUGGGAGGCCAGUGAAAGGCUGGUCAGUGGCAGACCCUGGCACAGCAGGGGUGGUAAGUGUGAGGCUCCUCCGAGCAUGAGCAGUAUGCAGGCAGGCUGAGACAGGGAAGCCAGGCGCAUGUCUGAGAGGCAGUGGGACUAAUUGAGAUGGAUCUUUUCUGGGGAAUGAAUGUCGCCAUGACAGGGUGCCCCUCACUAGUGCUCUGUGUAUACUGUGCCCUUUCAGAUCACCCCCUUAGUUGCCUAAAUGAUAUCUUUCAAGUUACACAGAAGUUUUUAUUUUAUUAAAAAGUAUCGCUUCCUUACACAUAAGAAGACAUAUAUGCAGAGUUUAGUUUUACGGUCCCUCAGAAGAGGAGCGCCUCCGCCUUACACCCCCACCGUGCAGGCCUCUGUGCUUCCAGUCCUCAGCGUUCCUCAGAGACAGGAGCCCAUCUGUUUCCCUUCGUCCCUGCCCCUUUGUAUGUGUUACACAGACCGCCUCAAAGACAGACUCGCUCAGUAGUGCCGUUUGUAAAUACAUGUGAAGUGUAUUGUCUCCUUUUUCCUCACUGUCUCUUUUCCUAAGUCUCAAAGAGAAAAGUUCCCCCUGAUGGCCAAAGCCCUGGAAGAAAGGUUUCCCCACUGUGGCUUAGUCUCACAGGAACCUGACCAGUCACUGUAGCCCCCACAACACAAAACACGCAUGCUCAGGAGCCAGCUGUUACAUGCAGCUGGGAUAUAGGCACUGAGGUGGCAUCUCUUCCAACCUGAGCGUUAAGAAGUGGGAGCUAACUGGGGCCCUGGUGACAGAUACAAAAGAACAUGCCUGUCACAGGAUGUGUGGACACUGCGGUCCUGAUUGACUCUAACUGUCCCCUCCUCUGGGCUGUCUUUCUCACUUUCUCACAUCCCAGACACGUUGACUCUUGUUUCGUGCUGGAGUUCUCACCAGGCUGGCUGGGCUGUGGAGGGGAACUUCUGGUACUUAAUCUGCUUCCUGCCACUUAGCAGUCCGGACCUGCGCAACUGGAAACCCCCACCUCCUCCCUGACGAGGUGUCAUGUCAUAUCCUAUUCCUGGGACACCUGGGAAAAUAAACAGUGACACACUGUAA